AUGCUGCGUUUUCUUCUUGCGUCCAACUCCGGCAGUUGGUCCACAUGGCAGCCUCCAGCGACCUGCAGCUUCAGGCUCUGCAGCUUCAGAUUCGGAACCUGCAGCAAGCUCGACUGGAAGCAGCUCAAGAUCAACCAGCGCGACAAGCACAUUCGCGAUCUCCGCGACGCGACGCCGGCGCGCGCCGCCGACCUCGAGCGCCUCGAACGGUCGAUCUGCCGCCUCUCGCUGCAAAUGGAGCACAUGCAGCUCGUCAUCAAGAACCCGGAGUGGUCGUUUCACACCUUUGCGAUGCCGGAGAAGACCGCCUCCUCGGCGCACACGAUCUUCGUCCGCCCGCCCAGCGGGAACAGGAUCGAGGUCACCAUUCCACCGGGCAAGCAGCCGGACGAGCUCUUCACCGUCAUGCUCGAGGACGCUGAGUGA